AUAGAUACGCUCAUAGAUCUGUGGAACAAGUUUUUUUUGGAUCAAGUAUGUAGAAUAAAUGUAAUUAUUUGCUUAAAUUAUCGAUAUAUUAUACUAUAUCUACUCGCUACCGAAAUUCAUUUCUAUAUUUUUAAGUUUAAUAAAAAAAAAAAAAUCUAUAUACUUCACAAUAUAGGUGGAAUACUGUUGUUGGUAUAAAUAUGGUUCUUUAUUUAAAACGUAUUUAGAAAUAUGUAUAAAUUAAACCUCUAAAUCAUUUAUUUUCUCGGAAAACAUUAUUUUAUUAAAGAAAAAUACUUCAAAUUGUUCACAUCGUACCCUUAAAAAUAGUGACAAUUUUUAACAAAUUGUAGACGGUACUUAAUUUAAAACAUUUUUCAAAAUAUCGAAGAGUAAUCCAAAGAAAAAAAAAAUUAAAACCUAAUAAUAAACAACAGUACAGGAUUAAUGUUGUUGAUUUCUCUGUUAUACAAUAGAAACAUACAACUAUUACUGUUAAUCCACACAAUAGUUGUUUAAUUAUAAUGGUUUACCAUUGUUUCUCCAGUAUAUUAACUACCCUAUUUACGGUUCCAAUUUAACCCAAAUAAGAGUAAUCUACACUUAUGGCGUGAAUUAUUUUAGGUUUUUCAUUAGUUGUACAAAUACUCUGAUUACUCAUUGAUUAGACUUUAUAACGUAUUUAUAACAAUUUUUAAUUCACUUAAUUCUGAUAAACAUAUGUAUUCUGUAUAGCAAAUAGACAAUCUGGAGAAUCCAGCAUAAAAUUGAGUAAGUUCCUUAAAUAAAAUUAUUAUUCGGGUCAACUCUUUGCUUUUAAUUUUUAUGCCAUAUUUAGUGGUUAAGUGUCAGUUGUUUGUAGGUAUUUCAAAUGAAAAAUUAAAAACUAUAAUAUAACUGAUAUAGGUAUAUUAAUUGUAUUGCAUCAAUCAAAUAAAACUGUAAUAAUAUUUUUUUAUUACAGACGAAGAAUAUUUGAAUCGUGUGAACGCUGUUAAAACUAAAUUCUUUACCGAAAUUGGAAGUAGGUAUAUUAUUAUUAUAUUAUAUUAUAUACUAUUAUUUUAUUUUUUAUAUUAUAUAUAAUAUUAAAUAAUGUAUUUAAGAAGUGAACAGUUUACUUUUAUUUUUUAUUUCCACUGAUAAAAUUUAAAAAAGAAUUAAGAGGACGUUACACCCAUAAUUUGAAUGUAGGAACAUAGUUGUAGAGUAACAGAACCAUAUUGUUAUUACUUAUGAUAGACCGACAAUUUUUUUUUUUUUAUUUUAGUAAGAAGAACUUUAGCUGUGAAAUAGAAUUUUUUUUUUGGUUGGUACAAAAAGGUUUAAAAAUAUUAAUUUUUAAAGUUUAUAAAUAUUUCAAGUUUUUUGUUUACGAAUAUAAAAUUAUUGAGAUAAGUUAUUGGAAAAUGGAAAUGCUACGGCACAGACAAUCUUUUCCUUAUUAAAACAAAAAAAUAAAUGGCCAAUCUAUUAUAAUUAUUAAAAGAAUGGUUCUGUUUUGCGUAAAACUGUUUUUCCGCGUAAAUCAUUGAUAAAUAAUUAUUUCGCAACGGUAGUGAUACGGUGCGCGCAACGCUCUUUCGUGCGUUGCACGCGAACAGCUUUGGGGGAUCACGUCCUCUUAUAUUGCUUAUGCAACUUAUUAUCCUCGUGACGGUUCAUGCAUUUUCCGUAAUUUAACGGUCCGCUGUAUUACUUUCUGUUAUUUUACGUUCCGGAGUUNUCAUAUUACUAUUCAGGAUAUUUUAUUAAAUUCUGUCAUUUGACGGUCUGUACCAUUACGAUGUGUGAUUUUCAUUUCCGUAAAAUGAUAAUCCGCAAGAUUAUGUACAAAUUCUGUACAAUAACGAACCGUUCGAUUAUUUUCCGUACAUUUACAGCGCACCCUUAGUUAUGUAUAUUGUACAAUAUACUUUUAUAAUUACCCGGUUGAUAUAUUUUUUUUUUAACUCUAAGAUAUACUUUUCCCAAAAUCAUACUUGAAAUUUAAAACAACAUUUUGGUUUAAUAAAAAUAUUUUCUAUAUUAUUUGAUUAAACGCAUUAUCAUGUUACCUUCCAAUUAUCCAUUCUUAUAAUUCGGUCAUUUUUCUCAUUUGGUUGAAACAAGUAUUGGUGAAAAGGGGAAGGUAAACAUUUGGUGGAAACAGGUAAUGAAGGAAAAGGAAAAGGUCUAUUUUGGUGAAAACGUGUUACGCCUAUACGGAUAUUUACUAACCUUAUAUUAUAAUUUUAUUAUUUUUAUUAUUUUUAAAUAGAAACGAAUUGGAUAGGAAAUAAAGAACCAGCUUCAUUCUGUUCAAGUAAAAUUGAUUUGUAAUCGUAAAAUGUAUACGAUUUCGUACGUUGGUCACUUUCAAUAAUUACUACCCGAACCUGUUUAUUCUUACAUGUAGAACAUUUUUUUAUACCUGGCCCUAAAUUAAUGUUAGGUUGCUAAGCAUGAAAAUUUAGAUUUACAAAGUUUACAUACCUACAACGUACAAUAAAAUAUGUUUAUAUAAUAUAAUCAAUUUGUUAUUAGUAUAAGCAAAAUAAUUGUGCGUUCUGCUUCAAACGAAUGUUUGGUUUCAUUUUUUCGUCGCCUCAUAAUAAUUACGAGAAAUUCUAUUGAACAAUAAAGACUUAAUAACAUUGUUACCUUACUUAUUAUAAAACCAUUUAAAACAAAUUUCGAUACAAUUAUUGUUUAGUUUAUUGCAGUUUCGACACAAAGAGAAAGAAGACUUUAAUUAAUUUCCAUAAUCGAUUGUUAUAAGAUUAUGUAACUUUGUAAUACUAUUAUUAAUCAUAUUUAACUUGUAUAAGUCUUCAGGUAUACCGACAUAAAAUAAAAUUUGCCCCCUCAUAAAAAAAUGCCCAAGUGACGUUCAUGGUUAAAUUGAAACCAACACUUCACGAUUUAUUGCAACAGUGCGCUGACGACCAAUAAUAGUUUAUUAUUAGCUUAUCAUUAUUAUAAUAAAUAUUAAUACAAUCAAAUUGGGUACUCAAAAUUCCGUAACGUUCCAGCUUCUACAGCAUAUAAACUACAAGUAUUUGUUUAUACAAUGUGCUGUUGUAAUAACGUUGAUGACGACUUGGAGCCCCUUAUAACACCAUAGUCGAACAAAUUCAUAACAGUGCGCCUACUUUUUAAACGACCGUAGUAAUAAUGAUAGAGCGAACGCAAUCCUUGAUAGUUAAUGGGUAUCAAGAGGGUGCAACCGCGGCGUUGCAAUACAUUGACGCAGGUAAACCAUAUACAAUUUUAAUAGUGAAAAAGGUGCGUACGGAAUCGUCAUAGAAACAAAGACAUAUAUAAUAAUUUUAAAAUAAAUCUUUCAUAUUAUUUAAAAAAAAAUUUAUUUAUAACAAACAAAAUAAUAACAUGAAAACCUUUGAUAAUAAAUAUUGUUUUUAUUUAAAUAAUUCUAGUAUCGUGUGUUGGUAAGAGCAUAAUAAUAUUAUUAUAUUAUAAAAAGUAA